AUGAGAUUGUAUCCGAGCCAAGACUGAAUCAAGUAAUCUUGUUGACAUCCGGAGUACUAUUUAAACACGUUUUUAAAAUAUUUUUAAUUACUAAAACAGAUGGAUGCAUAACAGAUUCCUAAAUAAACACUCAAAAUGAUGAAACAUAUCUUAAUAUUAUCUCUGGUAUCAUGUUGGAUAUUACAGGUUAAAGGAGAAAGAAAACAUGAAAGUGCCUGUGAUUUCAUAAAAUGUAGAGCUGGAAGGGAAUGCAAAGUGUUAAAAUCAGGAGUUUCAGUAUGUUCUUGUAUUGACGUAUGUCCUGAUCACUAUGCUCCCGUUUGUGGAUCAAAUGGUAUUUCUUAUGAAAAUCAUUGUCUUCUUCAUAGAGAUGCUUGCUUAAGACAAACCCAUAUCUCUAUAAAAAGUAAAGGAUAUUGUAAAAAUGGUUUUCCUGUCAAGAAAAAGCAUUCCAGAAAAACCAAACGACCAGUUGUUUGUUUCCAAAAAGAUAGGGAUCAUAUGUUACAAGUGAUAGUUGAAAGAUUAAAAGAGCAGCAAAAGAAAGAUGAAAGAGUUAGAAGUAAACCUUAUCAAACAAUUGUUAAAGAAAAAUUUAAUACUUGCAAUGUCGACAAUGACGAUUAUUUAGAUUCAAGUGAAUUUUUAGAAUGUAUCAAAGAAAAUGAAACAUUAAUUCAAAACAUAUUUGAAGAAAGUGUUGAUUUAAUCAGUGCUCUUUGUGUUGAUGCCAUUAUUGAAGCAGCUGAUCAAGAUUCAGAUUGGUUACUUAGCUUUGAAGAAUUCAGAACUAGCAUGGAUCCUUUAUUUAAGCCUAAGAAAAAGUUAUGCUCUUUGGAAGGAAAAAAGUAUGAAGAUGGUGCUGAAACAUCAGUGGAUUGUAACAAUUGUGUUUGUGCUUGUGGAAAUUGGGUCUGUACAUCGUCAACCUGUUUGGAUGAUUUUGGAAAAGAAAAUAGAGUCAAAGAUCCUAAAUUAUCUCGAACAAUUUCUAUCAAGAAACAAAUCUAAGAAAUCUUGAAAUACAUAUCAAGUUACAGUUUAUUCCUAAUGACUUAUUUGUUAACUAUCUACAUUCUUUGUAUGUACGAAUUAAGAUUCUGAAUAUUGUAGUUGGGGUUUAAACAAAUGCAAAUGAAAUUUUUUAAUUGUAUUUACAAGUAUUUGGUCGUGACAGUUCUGCAUGUUAAUGCAUGGCUGUAGUGAUAUGGUGUAUAUUUACAUCUUUCUAUGGUGCUAGUGAAAUUUACAUUUCAUAUAUGGUUUUAUUGUUAAUAUAUUUCAAGUAUACGAAUCUGUUUUCAUACAAAAACAUCGUUAGUUACAUAUUAUUAAGAUGUAUUUUAUACAAUUAGAUAUGACUUAAUAUUUGUGCCAAAUACAAUAUAAAAAAUUUUUUAUGAUUAACAUAAUUUUUCUAUUCAUUGCUUUGUAGUAAUUUUAUAUGUGGGAUCAAUUGAUAAAAAUAACGAAUAUAUGUUUUUAUAUUUUAUAAUUAUUACUGAAUUUUGUCAGUAUUCAGGGCAGCUUGUUUAUUACUUAUAUAUUUUGAUAUAUUAAUGUUUAUAUACAAUAUAUUUUGUAUGAUAUUUCAAUGAGUUUUGAAUGGCGUAAAUACAACAUCCAUUUUUAAUUAAAUUAAUAAUAAAAGUUUUACUUUAUUAUAUUUAAAUUUUGAUGUUAUGAUGGGCAAUACGAAUAAAAGUGUUACAAUUUAUUGCUCAGUAAAUUUAAUUUUAUUUAAAAGAAUACUUGUAACAAUGAAAGAUUUUGAAUUUGUUAUUGUUCUCAG